AUGCAUUGGGCAAAGAGGGGCGAUUCACCAAUCAACAGCCAGGCAAAGGUCAGCGACAACGCCUUUUACCUGGAUCGCAAGGUUCAAGGUCCGCCCAGUCCAUUCUUUCGUCUGCAGGAGAAUGAGGUGUUGCAUCAAAUGCGCGACUCGCGAUUGGUGGUGGUGGUUGUGAUUACCAUUGUCUCGUCUGUGAUUGGCUGA